GUGCCAGUUCCGGAAUCGGAGCAGCAACUGCCGUCCUGUUCUCUCGCUUGGGUGCGAGAUUGGCUCUCACAGGACGCAAUGAGAAAAACCUGCGUGCUGUUGGAGAAAAGUGCCAGGCUGAAAGUGGACUCAAGCCCCUGCUGGCCGUUGGUGACCUGACGGUAGACGGAGACACGGAACGGAUUUUCAAGUCGUCAGUGGAUGCUCAUAACGGGCGUUUGGAUAUUCUGGUAAACAAUGCAGGCAUCAUAGCGUUGGGCAGUAUACAGACAGCGCCUGUUGAUCAGUACGACCGGCUCAUGAGGACCAAUGUCAGAUCCAUGUACCAACUAACCCAGCUUGCUGUGCCCUUCCUCAUUGACACUAAGGGCUGUGUUGUCAACGUCUCCAGUAUCAACGGUCUACGUGCCGUAAAUCUAGCCGACAAGCAAGUACGAGUAAACUGUGUCAACCCAGGGGUGACUCACACAGAGCUUCACAAGAGAGCUGGUCUCUCAGAACAGGAGUAUGAAUCAUACCUAAAACGGGCACGACUGACACAUGCCUUGGGGCGUCAUGCAGAACCAGAAGAAGUAGCAGACGUCAUUGCAUUCCUGGCGUCUGACCAAGCAACGUUCAUCACUGGUGCCAGUAUACCCGUGGACGGGGGACGACAUGCUCUGUGUCCUAGUAGUCUACCCCGUGAGCAGGGUGGAGUGUCUGCCAUGGCAAUGAAAGAUGUCUAAUUCCUAGUUUGUACGAGUAGAGUAAAGGGUAAAAGUAAAUUUGACGCCCCAUUCUGGAAAUACAUGAAAAAAGAGUCUUUUACGCGUGACGUCACACCAACCCAAAUGUGACUCCGCUGAAUGUGGAGAUCCUGAAUGUUUGUAUGGACAAUAAAUACGGUCUGUGUGGAGGGCCCAGGUUUACUUUUACCGAAAAAUAACUGAGAUGUCAUGAGACUAACGGUGUGAUGUGCUGAUGUUUAUGUGUUGUUUUCUAUUGUUAUUGUAUAAGAUUUAUAGUUGUAAUGUAAGAUAUCGCAGUGAAGAGAAAGACCGUGUUUAAAAUGUUGGUGUGCUUAAUUAAGAGGUGAUGGUAAUGAACGAUAAUAUGCAGGGUCUAAACAAAACCCA